UUCCAACCUCGCCAGGGAGAGCACAGGGGCCGCUAACCUUUUCAUCUCUCGUCUCUCCUCUCGCCUUUCCUCUUUUCCCUCCUCCUCUCUCUCUCUCUCACUCGCUCGCGUGGUGUUUCGUGCACUUCUUCCAAACUUCCAUUCUGUUUCUCCCAGUCCUCGUAUCUGCUGAAGUAAGGGAAGCGAAGAUGGUGGGUUUCACGGGCGGGAUGCCCAACUGGUUGGAAACCAUGCUAGGAGAAAGAUUCUUUAAUCCAUGCAUGAUCCACGAGACGGCAAAGAAGAACGAGAAGAACAUCUUCUGUCUCGACUGCUGCUCUAGCUUCUGCCCCCAAUGCAUCCCUCCUCACCGCCCUCACCGCCUCCUCCAGAUUCGGAGAUAUGUGUAUCACGACGUUGUUCGAGUGGGCGAUCUGGGGAAGUUGAUCGACUGUUCUUCCGUUCAAUCGUACACGGCGAACGGCGCAAAGGUUGUGUUUUUGAACGAGCGGGCACUGAGCCGGCCGUUUCGCGGCUCCGGCAACGCCUGCCGCUCCUGCGACCGCCCCCUUCAGGACCCCUACCUCUUCUGCUCCCUCUCCUGCAAGGUGAAGCUGUUGUUGAGGAACGGGGGAGGGCUGGCGAGGGAGCUCCGAGAGUGCGAAUUCCUACCGCUGCCGAGCUCGUUCGAGCUGGACGAGGGCCAUCUCACGCCCGACUCCAUUCUCGAGUCCGCCUCGGCCACCUCCUCCGGCUCCUCCGCCGGGGGCGGCGGCUCGGGGGCCCGGGCCACCUGGAGCACCGCCGGGACGGAGUCCCUCGCCCGGCGGCAAAGAAGCAGCGCGGGCCGCCCGCCCGGUCCGGAGGUCGUGAACCGGAGGAAGAAGGGUGUCCCCAUUAGGGCGCCGCUGCUGUUGAACCGGAGUUGGCCCCGGUUCGGUGCCCUUCGUUUUGGCUGGAGAAUUUGGGAUUAAAUUUGGGAUAUCUUAAGAAUUAUUUAAAAGGAAAGAAGAAAAAUCUUCCCAAUUUUGCGAGGGAAUCUAUAAUGAGUUGCUCAUCACUUAUUCUCCAUUAGUCCAUGUUUCUCUUCUUCUCAUCUUCAACUACAAAACGAUUUGUGUACGAUGUUUUACUUUGAAUUCAAUUUUUAAGUUUCG